AAACAUACGCGAUCUCUGUCGAAGGAGUUGUAGGUUCGCCACAUGUUUCAGAGGGGACUGGGGAAUUAAAGUUUAAGAGUUAUCAGCAUGAGAUUAUGACAAUGUAUGCAUCACUUCGUGUCACUGCGCAUCUAGCCCGCUGUUGUGUGCUGUGCUCAAAGUCGAACGGACUAUUACCGCGUAUCGCCUCAUUAGAAAUUGGAAAUAGCUCCAACUGUUUUCUGGCCGGCCAGCAGUCCAGGCAGUUGCAUAUCUCCUCGAGCCUUCUGAGAAAGGACUAUUACGAUGUCCUCGGUGUUCCAAGGAAUGCGAGUCAAAAGGACAUUAAGAAAGCAUAUUAUCAGCUCGCAAAGAAGUACCAUCCAGACACCAAUAAGGGCGACCCUGAGGCACAGAAGAAAUUCCAAGAAGUAUCUGAAGCCUACGAAGUGUUGAGCGACGAAGGCAAGAGACAACAUUAUGACAGCUGGGGGACAGACUCUGGCUUUGCCAGUGGUGCAGGCAGUGCAGGUGGGCCACAAGGCACCUGGGGUCCUGAGGGAUUCCACUCCACCAUCGACCCGGAGGAACUGUUCCGCAAGAUAUUUGGUGAUCUCGGUGGCCGGACAGGAUUCUCCGACUUUGACUUCUCGGAGUCUCAGUACGGCUUCGGCGGAGCUCAAGAGGUAAUCCUCAACUUGACCUUCCAACAAGCUGCCCGAGGGGUUAACAAGGAUGUGACAGUCAACGUGGUUGACACGUGCCGUCGUUGCCAAGGCACCCGCAGUGAACCUGGUACCAAGCUGAUCCGGUGCCCAUUCUGCAAUGGCAGUGGCAUGGAAACGAUCAGCACAGGUCCCUUCGUGAUGCGGAGCACAUGUCGGCAUUGCCAUGGCACUCGCAUGCAUGUCCAGUCACCCUGCCAAGAAUGCCAUGCCAAGGGCACCACUGUACAGCGUAAAACGGUCACGGUCCCCGUGCCCGCAGGUGUUGAAGAUGGGCAGACAGUGCGCAUGCAAGUGGGCAAGAAAGAGCUCUUUGUCACGUUCAAGGUUGCACGAAGUGACUACUUCCGCCGUGACGGGGCCGACAUCCACACGGAUGCUGCCAUGACGCUCUCGCAAGCUGUCCUUGGUGGCACUGUGCGUGUGCAAGGUCUCUACGAUGACAUAAUGCUGAAGAUCCCCAUGGGAACCUCGUCACAUACCAAAAUUCGGUUGGCGAACAAGGGAGUCAAGCGGUUGAACAGCUCCGGAUACGGAGAUCACUAUGUCCAUCUGAAAAUACGGAUACCACAGCGGCUAAAUGACAAGCAGAAAGCCCUGAUUCAGGCCUAUGCUGAACUGGAAACGGACACGCCUGGCACUGUUGACGGCAUAGUCAACACAAGGCAAGGCAAAACUGCAAUGGACGAUCCAAGUGGUUUAGUGAGGCAAAUUCGAACUGCACUGGAUGAAGCUGUGGUAGAACCGGUAGAAGACCAAAAUAAUAACAAAGUGUAGUGUCUUAUUUGUUUGUUCCCUGUGCGACAUUGUAUUUAGGUUUUAUUGCAGCCUAUUAGCUUCAUUUUUUUGUUGAACCGGCAUCAAUAAAUGAACGUAUCGUUAGUCA